AUGAGCGAUCCACUCCCAUUCCACUGGUACUUCUUUUUCGGCAUCCUCGAGCCCAUCUCGGUCCUCGCAGGCGCCUACUACGCCAUCGGCCUGCCCGAACGGUACCACUACGAGUUGAUCCCGCACGCCUUCCUCUUGCCCGCCCAGGUGCAAACCCUGCUCAAGAAUGCGACGACGCUCAGCGACAAUGCGCGCAUGGCGCUCGGCCAGCUCGGUAGCUGCUACUCGUUGAUCAUGCUCAACUCGCUCCUCCUCUUCUACGCCUUCCGCAAGCACCUCUCGUCCCAGCCCGCCGUGCUCGAAAAGAUGGUCUACUACCUCAUCGCCGUCCUCGGCAUCGCCGAUUGGUCGCACAUCCUCCUCACCCUCUACCUCCUUCCCAAUGGACCUCCCUCGCCCCGCAUCCUCCUCCUCUCGUCCAAGGCGACUUGGCACGACAAACUCGUCCUCCUCGCCCAGCCCAGCAGCUGGAACAGCCUCCUCUUUGGCAACAUCAUCAUCACCUUUAUCCUCUUCUGCUUCCGAGCUCUGUGGUGGUUCGGCGUCGCUCGUGGUUCCCCCAUCGCCGACCAGAAAAGGGCGGCGGCGGCCAAGCAAAAGGCGACUUGA